GACGAUUUCAAACCCUUUACUUGGUCCGCGUUGCAUUAACGUUAUAUAAACUCAGCAUGUCACUUCUAAUUUGCAUACAACUAACCUUUGUUUUGAUUUCUCACAAAUAUCUAAUCAAGCUUCUAAACUCAAUUAAGAAUUUUUUUGUUCUAAAUCUAAGAAAUGGCUCCUACCCUUUUGCCGGUGCAAGAAAUACUCCAAGGUGGAGUUGUGCCCAAAGAUUACCUUCAAACUAAAGAGGAUUAUCAAUUUGGUGAUGUUCCUCCUGCUUUGAUGGACACUCCUACAAUUGACUUUUCUCUUCUUUCAUCUUCCCCUAAUGAGCUUACUAACCUUUAUUCUGCUCUAAGUUCUUGGGGUUGUGUUCAGAUAGUGAACCAUGGAAUACCAGAAUCAGUACUAGACGAGGUACGAGAAAUGAGCAAGCAAUUCUUCAAGUUGCCAAUGGAAGAAAAACAAAAAUACUCAUCAAAAGGAAAUGAGCUUGAAGGUUAUGGAAAUACUAAUGCUAUUCAACAAGGAAGUCUUAACUGGAAUGAUAAAUUGCAUCUCCAUGUUUAUCCUCAACAAAAACGCCAAUUACAAUUUUGGCCUCAAAAUCCCCAUCAUUUUAGGACAAGCUUAGAUGAAUACUCAAAGAAGAACCACAUGAUACUAGAAUUGCUACUGAAAUCAAUGGCAUGUACCCUAAAUUUAAAGGAAGAAAGUUUUAUCGAAUUAUUAUGGGAAAAUGAAAAGGAAGAUAAUUUACAUGCAAGAUUUAAUUAUUAUCCAAGAUGUCCAAUGUCCGAUAAUGUUGUUGGACUUAAACCCCAUGGAGAUGGAACUGUACUCACUAUUCUCUUACAAGAUCAACAUGUUGAAGGUCUUCAAGUUCUUAAGGAUGAUCGUUGGUUUCGUGUUCCCGUCAUCCCUCAUGCCCUUACCAUACUUGUUGGUGAUCAAAUGGAGGUAGCAAGUAAUGGGAUCUUCAAGAGUCCAACACAUAAAGCGGUUGUAAACCCAAAAUUUGAUCGUUUUUCCUUAGCCAUGCUAUUCAUUCCAAGCCUAGUAAAAGAGAUUGGUCCACUAAAUGCCCUAAUUACCGAAGAUAAACCCCAGUUAUACAAGAGGUUCAAGGACUAUGGCCAAGUUUACACACAAUCCAUUCCUUCUGGGAAAAGGCCUAUUGACUUGGUCAAAAUCACUUAUUAAAAUACUCUUUUAUCCCGUCAAAAUUGUUAUAAUUGUCGUUUUUACGUUUGAGUGCGGUUUUUAUGUUGAUUGUAGCAGUCUCAAUAUGAUAGAAAGAGUACUCCUAUAAUUUUAAAGUAUUUACAUUUUCAAUAUUACAAAAAUAAACUAAUUUCCAGUUUUAUGGAUAUUACGCGAGCUAGGUUUGAUUUCUUAUUGUUAGUGAUUGUGAUUUCAUCUAAAUAUAUGUGAUCAUUUUAUGGAUCUAUCUAUUAUCGAAGGUUUUUAUUUUUCUUGUUGUACUCUCAUUUACAAAAUAUAUGAUCAUUU